AUGAGCUCACCACAGGCGGAGGAGGAGAAGGAGGCUAAAACUGUCGUCACUCCAGAGCAGCCGACUACUACUACUGAGGUUGAUGCUGUGGAGAAGAGGAAGCGACAGCUUGAGAAUCUUGGUCGAUCUGGAGGUGUGUACAUUCCCCCGUUUAAAUUGGCGAGAAUGCAAGCUGAGGCAGCGAAGGAAGCGAAGGAAGCUUUUGGUCCUGAAGUCCAACGGCAGGAGUGGGAAGCAUUGAGGAAAUCCAUAAAUGGUUUAGUGAAUAAAGUAUCAGUUGGGAAUAUAAAGGACAUAGUUCGAGGGGAACUAUUCACGUUGAAUCUACUACGAGGGAAGGGGCUCUUUGCAAGAGCUAUAUUAAGAGCACAGAUGGCCUCGCCAGGGUUCACUCACGUGUAUGCGGCGUUGGUGGCAGUGGUAAAUUCCCGACUACCAGAAGUGGGAGAGCUGAUAGCGAACAGGGCUGCACUUAUGUUUCGGCGUGCAUAUGCUAGAAACGAUAAGAUAGUGUUGACGGCGGCAUGCAAGAUGUUGGCACAUCUCAUGAACCAGAAGGUUAUAUCAGAAUUCACUAUAAUGAGAGUGUGUCUGUUGUUCCUGGAGGAGCUCACUACCGAUAGUGUUGAAGUAUGUUGUCAACUACUUACGGAAUGUGGACAAGUAUUACAAGAACUUAAUAAGAAGGCUAUGAUGAUUCUAACGUCGAGGUUGAGGAAGAUACUACAUGAAGGUCAGUUGGAAAACAAGAGGGUGCAAUAUGCGAUUGAGAACUUCUUUGCUAUAUUACGGCAAAACUUCCUACCCGACCAUGUUGGGGUUGUUCCCGAGUUGGAGUUGAUCGAUGAAGAAGAUCAGUAUACACAUGAUAUUGCCAUAAGAGAUGGGGAAAUCGAUGGUGAAAAUAUUUUGAAUAUUUUCAGAGCGGAAACCCCGGCACAGUAUAAGGAGGAGGAAGGGGAGUGGAAGGCAUUUAGUAAAUCGCUGUUAGAAGGAGAGAGUAGUGAUGAGGAGGAAGGAGGCGAGAGUGAUGGAGAGUCUUCGUCGUCAUCAUCGGAGGACAGCGAAGCGGAAGAAGAGGAGGAGGAAGGACAGCAGCAAGCCAAGGCGACUCAAGAGAUUAUCGAUUACACUGAGCAAGCUACUGUUGAUCUACGACGAACAGUGUACUUGUGCAUCAUGUCGUCUGUGAACUUUGAGGAGUGCGUGCAUAAGAUUCUCAGUCUGAAUAUUAGAGAGGGGCAAGAAAAAGAGAUCUGUACGAUGUUGAUCGACUGCUGUGCGAUGGAAAGGACGUUCAAUAGCUUUUAUGCUCUUCAGGCUGAACGCCUCAGUCGUUUGGUGGAAGUUUACCGACAGAAUUUCGAGGCCAAUUUCCUGGACCAAUAUGAGACGUGUCAUCGACUCGAGACCAACAAGAUUCGUAACGUAGCGAAGUUUUAUGGUCAUCUUUUGGCGAGUGAUGCGAUAAGUUGGGAAGUAUUGAAGUGCAUUCAGUUGACUGAGGAGACCACUACUUCGGCUACACGUAUCUUUAUAAAGAAUCUUUUCCAGUAUCUCAGCGAGGUGUGGGGACUCCGUAAACUGUAUCACCGUCUGAACGAUCCGAAUUAUGAGGAAGCCCUUGCGGGUGUAUUACCGAAGGAUACGACCCAUCAUAUGAGAUUCGCCAUCAACUUCUUCUCGGCUAUCGGCCUUGGAGCGUUGACUAAGAAGCAUCGCCAACUUCUACAGGAGGUCCAAGCAAGGGAGGUUGCUGAGAGGGCUGCGGCCGCUGCGGUGGAGGAUGACUCGGAUGAGGAUAGCAGUAGUGAUGAGGAUGAUGAUAGUAGUAAUAGUGGGUUCAUCCUCAUCAUCAUCAUCAUCAUCAUCGUCGUCGGAGCCUAG